UCUCCAACACAACCAUUACCCAAGAACAGCAAUGGGACAGCUUGUACAAAAAUCUUGCUUCUUCCUCUUCCUUUUCCUCUUCCUCAUUUGCCAAUCUGUUUUGGCAUCCCAAAAGUCAUUGAGACACCGAAAACCAUGCAAGCAUUUCGAGCUCUAUUACCACGACAUCCUCUUCAAUGGCACAAACGCGGCUAACGCAACCUCCACCAAAGUUGCAAACCAGUCUUUGCCUGGAAACUUCAAUUUUGGCAUGCUGGUUGUCUUUAAUGAUCCUAUUACAAAAGACAACCAUCUUCUUUCUCCUCCAAUUGCAAGAGCUCAAGGCUUAUUUUUCUACAACAAGAAGGAUGAUUACAAUGCCUGGUUUGCCUUCACAUUGGUCUUCAACUCCAGCCAGCAUAAGGGCACAAUAAACAUCAUGGGUGCAGACUUGAUGGCAGAGGAGACCAGGGAUUUCUCAGUGGUCGGUGGGACAGGAGAUUUUUUCAUGACUAGAGGGAUUGCAACAAUUCGGACAGACACUUUGCAGGGUGCAUAUUAUUUUCGCCUCAAGAUGGAUAUUAAGUUAUAUGAAUGCUAUUAGGCAUAGGAAAUGCAGCUCUAGCUAAUCACUUUGGUUGCAAAUUUUAUCUUGUUUCCUACUUCUAUGCAAUGCAAUCAAAUAAAAACAAAGCUUUGCCAGUUUUCUUGAAAAUGAGGCUAAAGAAAGAGAGACAA